AUGGACAAGACGUCCAAGGAUUCGCAGUCAAAGCCUGACCAGGCAGACCAGAAGCGCGAAAAGCAGAAUGCGCCCAACGACACCCACAAGAGUCCCAAGAAGCGCCGCAAGCUUGCGUCUAUUGUCGACGAUCUCUUCCGAACUGGCCAUGCCGUGGGACUGGUGCUCAUGCCCACCUCUUUUCCCGGUCGCGACGCCCUCGAACGACCGUGUACACGAUGUAUUAAGCGCAACAUCGGUCAUCUCUGUCACGACGAACCGCGCGAUCCCGACACGAAAAAGCCCAACAAGGCCCUUCACGGCGCGUCUACCGUCGAUGACGCGGAGACGCAGUCGCAAUGCCAGUCUCAACCCGACCUGGCGCGCAGCUCGAUCGACCAAUCCCCAGGGGCCAUGGGGCCUCCGCCAUCCGUCGAGACUCGUCUCGAUACCAAUGGCAGGCAGGGUUCGGGCUCAGGCGCCAGGCCCGGCGCCUUUGGGAGCGCUGUUCUAGGCCAGGGGAACCCACUGCAGCUCGUGUCACCCUCGCCUGUCUCUGGCCUGCAAGGUAACGGCAUGGCCAGCGGCGGUAACAUGAACCAAUCUAAUAGAAUGACGGCAACAUACUCGGCGACGAACCCCAGAGCAGCCCCGCGUUCAACCAGUCAAGGCAAGGGGCAGAACGACAUGUUGCCAGGCUUCCCGAAUGCUGGUCACAGCGUUUUGCAACAGCAGCAGAGGCAGCAACACCAGUUGCAGCAGCAGCAGCAGCAGCAUGCGCGAGAGCAACAACAGCAGCAGCAACACCAACAACAUCAACUACAGGCACAGUCGCAGCAGCAGCAGCAGCAGCAGGGGUCCAUGUUGCCCCCGCCCAACGUUGACCAAGCCAAGACCGUCGCGCGACCUAGCACUGCUAUACAGGCCGACAAGGACAAGGCUCGGGAAUACUACCUGCAAGCGGCGGAUCCGUCGGGCAACGAUACACCCGAGGAACGCAUGCAGCGCGUGCUCAAGGCCAAGUACGAUGCUGGACUGUUAAAGCCAUUUGUCUACGUCAAGGGGUACCUACGCCUCGGCAAAUAUCUUGAUUCCCAUAUUGCCUCGGGGUCGAAACAGAAGAUCCUACGCACAAUCGACCGCUUCAGGCCCAAGUUUCGAGAAAAGGCCCAAACCUUGACAGACAUGGAGCUCGUCUAUGUCGAGAUGUGGUUCGAAAAACAGUUGAUGGAGUACGACCGCGUGUUCGCCAGCAUGGCAGUUCCGGCGUGCUGCUGGAGGCGAACAGGCGAAAUCUUCCGUGGCAACGCGGAGAUGGCUGAGUUGAUUCACGUGCCCGUCGAGAAUCUCCGCGACGGUAAAAUUUCUUUGCACGAGAUCCUGACGGAAGAAUCGUUGGUUAGAUACUGGGAGGAGUUUGGCACCAUCGCCUUCGACCCAGCUCACGAUACACUUCUCACUGCGUGUACGCUGAAGAGUCCUGAUGACGAGGCGACCCACCCUGUUGUGCGAUGCUGCUUCUCAUUCAUGAUCCGCAGAGACGAUCACAAAUUGCCAACGCUGAUCGUGGGCAACUUCCUACCAAACGACCCUAUAGAAUCGUGACGAUGGGGACCAUAUACUUUUGCGUGCUAUGGCUUUCGGCGUUGUGGGCGGGUCAAAACCAAAACAGGCAGGCCAUUGAAGGCGUCCAGGGCAGGAGGUCGGCACGGAUAUCAGGGCAUCAUUGCUGUUGCAUCUCGGCAUUUCAUCCGAGUAGUCAACUUUGGGCUGUUGAUGGGAUUUCUUUCUGUAGCAGGCGUUUCUAGUACCAAGACUCAAUCGAUUCUGCCAAGC